AUGCGCUGCGCACUGGCAGCGCAGCUCCGAAGUACAGCUGCGGCGCGCCCGACGAGUCCCGGAAGACUGCACCCUACCCGUGAGGCCCGCAUCUGCAACCAUCAGAGUGAGCGGCUCCGUCGUGCUGAUGUUGGAAGCUGCCGCGACCAAGGGAGCUCAAGGAGUCUAAUCUGCGACUCGUGCUGCACCGAAAAGGUCACAGCAAUGGACUUGACUUCGGCACUGGAGAUCCGUUUGCAUGAGGCUGAGAGGAGGAUUACCUUGCUACUUCGCAGCGUCCAGUUCGUGGAAGAGCUUCGCCAGCUCUGCCGACAGGAGCGAGAGUACGAGUGGGAAGCAAUCGGCUCCAUCGUGGUGCAACCGCCUUCCACGCCAAGGCCAGCAUCGAGCCGGCCCGGCUGUGCUGCCGUCGCUAGGGAGGCGGCUCCCGCCGCGGCUCAAGUCGAGGCUUUGGAGGCUCGAGUGGCGAAGUUAGAGACACUCGACUUCGAGGGUCGGAAGGAAGUCUCGGCUGUGAAGAACACGGCCGAGGCUUUGGAUUUUAGAGUGGCGACGCUGGAAGCCAUGGACGUCAGCAGCCUCAAGGCCCCGGAAACGGAGAAGUUGCUGGACCCUGGCGGCCUAGCAACCUUAAUGCAACUUGCAGAGCAAGCACUGGAACAGGUAUCAAAAGUCUCGGAGAUCUCCACGCAUCUGACGGAGCGACAAGCUGCGAUGGAGUCUCAAUCCGAGGAGUUCGGCCGCGCACUGCUGGGUCUGCUGAGUGAUUUUCAGGUCCACAGUGCGCAGGCAGAGGAGAACUGGGCUUCUUUCGAGGAGGCAUUGAGCCGAAGAGCGGCAAAUACCGAUGACGCGACAUCUGCAUCAGAAAUUAGAUGUGCCUCGUCGUAG